UAUUCCUCUCUGUGUGUUUAAUUUAUUCACCUCGAUGGUUCUCUUGACUGAUCUGGUAACUGCUGGAAGCGGCUGUGACAGCCUGGAAACAUUAGUAUGAUUUCCUGAGUUUGAGAUUUGCUGCUCUCCCCCCUCCCCAACCCCCCUCCCCCCUUUUCUCCAAACUCAGGAAAAGUCAAUACAAUCGCACUUCAUUUUUCCUUCAUGUGCAAUUGGAAAUCCUGGGAGCAGCGAGAGCAGCGGCAAGAAUGAACUGCAAGGAGGAAAAUGACAACUGCACUGACGGCAGCAGGAAUAACACCAAGAAGAUGCUCAAAUGCGUGGUGGUUGGGGAUGGUGCGGUGGGGAAAACCUGCCUGCUGAUGAGCUACGCCAACGAUGCCUUCCCAGAGGAGUAUGUGCCCACCGUGUUUGACCACUAUGCAGUAACUGUGACUGUGGGAGGACAACAGCACUUGCUGGGGCUUUAUGACACUGCAGGGCAGGAGGAUUACAACCAGCUGAGACCCCUGUCCUACCCCAACACAGACGUGUUCCUCAUCUGCUUCUCCGUGGUGAAUCCUGCCUCCUACCACAACGUGCAGGAGGAGUGGGUGCCCGAGCUGAAAGUCUGCAUGCCCAACGUGCCUUACGUCCUCAUAGGAACACAGAUUGAUCUCCGGGAUGAUCCCAAAACUUUGGCACGGCUGCUGUACAUGAAGGAGAAACCACUGACCUACGAGCACGGAGUGAAGCUGGCAAAGGAGAUUGGAGCCCAGUGCUACCUGGAGUGCUCAGCCCUCACACAGAAAGGCCUUAAGACUGUUUUUGACGAGGCAAUCAUGACCAUCUUCCACCCCAAGAAGAAGAAGAAGCGCUGUGCCAAGUGCCACAGGUGCUGCACCCUGGUGUGACCCGGGGGACAGAGCCAGCRGAGUUCUGUCAAACCAGGCAGGUCAGAAAGGCAACCAAGGUCACCUGCAACUGAAACGGGGUYUGUGACCACUAAAGGGUCUUUCUCACCCAAAAAUAGGAGCCCCCUGUUCUGUGAAACCUCCAGGCUGUAUCUCCCUUGGCCAGCUCCUGUCUCUGUGCUUCCCUAACCCUCCGGAGCUGCUUUGCAGACUGCACCAGCAGAAACCAGGAUGAAACCAGGAUGAAACCAGGAUACCUGCUCCUGCUUGGCUCCCCACCUCAGGAAUGUGUGGCAAACAGAGAGCUAAAGAUGGCAAAAGGAACAGGAGAAAUCCCAUCUGUGGCCUUAAGUAAGAAUUUGAUCAAAAUUAGGAAUUUGCAGUCCUUAGGAAUCGAAUCUGAAUUGACUGAAAGCACACGGAGAUCUGUAGAAAUCUAAAAUGUAAGAUAUAMACUCUAGGUAGGAUGUACUUUGAAAUUGCUCUUCUUUUCUAAGACUUGCUGGUUCAGGAGAUGCUUCAGUUUGUUCAAACCUCAAGGAAGCAAAGGUGGAGUGAUUCCAGUUUGUUUUCACUUGAUGGUGAAACUUCACAGCGUCAGGAUGUUGCUGCACCCAAGCUAUCAAAAAGGAUCAACAUUUACCUCCAGACUUAAGGAAUGUUCUUACAACAAAAAAAAAAAAAAUGCAAAUAACUGUGUUUUUACAGAGGAAUGUUCAGGCUGAGCCAUGUUUCUGUAAGCUGGGAAAGGAAGUACAGAGUUGUAUCAUUAAUGUGCCGAAACAAAGAAAUUCUGCCACCAAAGAAUAUUGCCCUAGACAUKAAAUAGCAGCAUGGAACAAUCUCUCUUCAAACUGAGAAUAUGAACCAGACACAUUGCCUUGGCAACUGAGAAUUUACCUUAUAGAUCAGCUGGAUCUCUUCAUCUCACCCAACAGCCAAAACCAGCAAAAACAAAAAAAGCCAAAGGUCAUACUGACUUUAAGUGCUUUGAGGUGAUCCGAUUGCCUUAAAAUUAUCCUUUUUAUAUUAAGUAUUUCUGUAAAAAACCUUCUCAAAGUGGAGUUGUGAACUUGUUGAC